AUGGGGCUGCGCGCGACAGUGUCGCCGUGGGCGAGCGCGGGCUGCACUACAUCGCUUGGACUCAGACCAAAGGCGAGCGCGCGGCUGCUGGGCGCGCAGACGGUCUCCAGCGGCGACGGCGACUGCGCGGGGCGCGCCCACCCUCUGCCUGGAUUGGACGACGUCGAAGAACUUUGCGCAGUCGAGAGGCCAUUGCUUCACAGCCAAUCCUUCACUCACUACUUCGCGAUGUCUUCACUGCUGAAACCGAUGGUGUCCUCUUCUCUUAUCUCAACAUCCCGAGUUAAGGGAAGGAUGCAGCUCCUUGCUCUGGAUAUUGACACAACGGGAUGGAAAUGGGAAAGUGAAAUUAUUUUGCUGUCCGUUUUCAGUCCUGGAGCGUAUUUUACUCAGUAUGUUAUGCCCCAAUGUGAUCUUAACCCUACAGUGGCAAAGAAAUUUGGACUGGAAGUCGUAGAUAACAAUAAUGAUCGCAAACUUAUAGACACAACCACUCAAGAGGCCGUCGCAACGAAAUCGUUGAAAAACACUCUUCGCCACUUUGUUAGAUGGUUGCGUGGAGCAGAAAAAGGAACAGAUGGAAUAAUUUUGUUCACAUUUGACAGGCGACGAGCUGCAAUACCUCUUCUUCUGAGGGCUUUAGAAAAAUACAGAUUGACAGAAAAGUUUUCCUACUCCGUCAAAGGUUUUGUUGUUCUGCGAGAAGCAGCGAAAACUGCGUUUAAGCAGACGUUCGUCUCCUACUCAAUGACAGCUUUGUCUCGAAUUCUGUUGGGUCUUCAUGAAAAACCUAUUUCUGCCUGGACCAGAUCAAUCGUAACCUUUCAGCUCAUGGAUCGCCUCUUUGGAGGAAGGCAGCACAGUGUAAAGAAAAAUAGAGAUCUGUACUACAUCCGCAUGCUUGGCCACAUGGGCACGUACAUGCAGCCACUUCGGAACGAAGCCGAACGUUUGAAAGUGCAGCUUCGCAUGUAUUCGCUCAAGCUCAUGUUUGUGGGGAAGUCUCAGGUGGAAAAGAGGCGUUUUUUUUCUCUUCGCAAGUUCUUGGCCGAGUCCGGAGUUGACUACAUGCUGCUGAAGGCAACAUUCCAAUACAAAGGAGAAGAUGGAAUCGAAGAUUUAAUUCGUACAAAACUGACCCACAUCAAGAAGAAACAGCUUCAGAUGUUGCGAAAGGCUUUGGAACACCAUUUUCAAAUCGAACAAUGA